GCUUUUUCUACCCUUUCGAUACUUAAGCACACAGUAUCUUUGGAAAAUGGCUGGGAUAAUAAGCAAACUUACAAUACUACCUCGUUACAGGGUAGCCUCCAUGCAGAAAUGACUAAAAUUGAAAGCAGUUGCCCCUGAACCGGGGCUCCCGGGUAGCAGAGCUGAAUGAUUCUUGUCCGUAGGAGGUUGACGGGGUAGAUCCGCGAAGGCACACUGUUUAAUACCAUCAACUUACUACCCACCCACCUAGAAGACUAUGUUGUUCCGGGUUUGCCGUUCAAGAAGAUCUCGAAUAGAUACUUCGACUCUCUCGAGUGUUUCCCUGUUGUGAUACUGAGUUUCUUCAAUUUUAAUCCCAGGAGAGCAAGAUGGAAAUCCAACAGAUAUCUACUCCUCCCAACUCCUCACCUGUCAUUGGGAUGACAAUCCACUCACCCAUGUCUCAAGCAGAGAGCAUCGUCAACAGGUUCAACUCGUUCAGUCCCGUGCCAACCCUAGGCAAUUCUGAGAAAGCGAAACAAACAAGAUCACUGCCUUCUAAGCUGAACCACAAUCUUCAAGUCAGGUUAAUCGAUCUUUGUACCGAGCAUCAGGGUGCAUACUUCAAGUGCGAAGACCUGGCCGAUUUCUGGUCCGAAGUUGCGCAUUCGUUAGACCGCGAAUUUCCUUUCCCUAUAACCGGCAAGGAUGUGGAGGGAUGGGUUGAAGGCAUUUGCCACGAAGCUAAAGGAUAUCUGCUUCGCAGAGAGAUAUUCCCGCAUCAUGCCGAUCGUGAAGACCUUGAUAUUGCAAUUGAGGAUUGGCUCGAAAUCGAAGGCAGGAGGAAGUUCCAACAUGGCUUUGAAGAAAUGAUAGCAGGCUACCUACUCGCAUAUGGGCCCGAGGAGUCCGAAGAACAUAACCUUCUGACAUACUCUUGCCUGAAUAGGUUAAGGGAGAAUAUGGACAGGAUCAAGGCUGCUAUGAGCGAGAAGGGAGAAGCUAGCCGUAGGAAUGGCGCGCUUCUCAUACAUAAGGUCGAAUUACUAGCAUCAAAGCCAGCCACCAAGCCAACGCAGCAAGGCUUGACACCUGAAGAGUUUUAUGGCCGAUCGUCCAUUCGGCCACAUGAGAACCUGUUCCCAUCACUUAACUCAAGUGUGGAGAUACCUUCUGACCCGCCUCUGCUAGGCUAUGCCAGAACCGAAUACCAGACCGUUGGCCCUUCUGGACCAACUGAGAGUGCUGGCGAAAGGCUACAAAGCAUACUCUCUCAACCAUCUGGUGAGCCGGGAGUGAAUCAAAGCCCUGAUGUCAACUUAUUCUCAGCUGAGAAACCGGCCGAAACUUCCUUUCAAUCAAGGAGCUCUUUUGGGGAUGGAAUGCAACACGACAAAACAGCCGAGAGACAAAAUCCGACGCAUGUCAACCCAUCGGAGGAACCUCAUAGUUCAACAGACCAGGAUACUGCAUAUAAAGCUCCUAGAGGGCAAGAAUCCGACAAUAUCACUUCGCACGAUACCGAACUGCAAGUCAGCCAUCAGUUAGUGCCAGGAUUUCCAGCCGUCAAAAAAUCCGCCCUAGACUCGGGCGGUGCUAGGAUGCCAGACACGUCAAAGAAGGCAAGAGUUCACAAGGGAAAAGGGGUAAUACGAUCUCGGCAGCUUUCGAGAAACGAUAACAGUAGAUUGGAUGCAGACCUCAACCUAUCUACAUCAUCUCCAACCCAAGACCCCAUGGCAGUUGACUUCAGCCAAAGUACUCGAAGUCAACAACAGCCCGAGACUUGCGGUGAAUCAGUUGGGAAUACCCAUUUCUCGGGACAAGAGUAUGCGAAUGCUUUAGCGGCAACUCCAUCAGCAGUGACGCAGAAGGCUAGGAAAAAGAAAGCGGCAAGUAAGAAGCAGAGUCUGGCGAACAAGAGACAUAAACACAAUUAUGCAACCAGCAAAUCUUCUACCACAUCGCAAAGAGGUUCCGAAGGCCUAAGCUGUGAUGGUAAAAACGUCGGGGGCCAACGUUCACAGGUGCUCUCAGCAGGGUCUAGUGGUACUGCUCGCCAGAGCCGAGAUGGGGAUCCAGCUCAAAGUCAGUUCGGUAAUGUCCCAAUCAUUGACUUGACACGGUCUCCGGAUCAAGAAAUUGUCAAACAGGAACUUGGAUGGGCAACCCAAGGUUUAGAAGGCCGAAUAAGCAGGUUGACGGCGAAUCUAAACGGCGUCGUGGGACUCACACCGGAGAAGAUAAAGGAAAUCAUUGAUCGGAGCGUGACGGUAAAACUGAAUGAUGCGGCACACCAGGUCGUAGAGAAGUUUGAUAAAACACUAGAAAAGAAGUUGGAGCAACUGAGAAGAGAUUGGCGACCACUGGAGGACAGUCAGAAUUAGUGAUGGUCAUGUCUAGUAUAUGGUCAUCGUCACAUCUGAGUAAAUAUGUUGCCUACUGACUACCCAGGUACAUACUCACCUAGGUGUACAAUAGACCUUCCAAAAGAUUAAAGGUUGCUAUGAUCGUAGUUUUGAUUUUCUAAACUGAAUCUAUUGUUACGUGAUAUACCUAGGUAGCAAUGCCCAAUUCGUUGGAGUUCAGAAGCCGCGAACACAUUACGGUCCAGCUCCCGGACACUUGGUGCUGGUUGAACA